AUGUGUUUUUAUAAUCGGCUUAAUUAUGCCUGCGGGCACGUGAAAUGGGCUUCGUUUGAGCAUCGAUGCAACUAUGAACAUAGAACUGGUGGGCAGUGUACCAUACGGCUGCUCAAUAUGACUGAGACCCGAGCGACAAAUUGCAGGCUAUGUGAAAAGAUUGAAACGAAGUCACGGACGCUGUCAGCCGAGCUCGAUCAACUGGAGCGCUGGGAGCGGGAGGGAGGAUCGGAAGUACAUAUGAAGAGGUCUCAGGCGCUGGUUUGUCAACUGAAGGAUGAAAUUGAUAAGUUGGAGAGGGAGAGCAACUAUCGAAGA